UACCAGGAUCUGAGUGAGGACUACUCAAGUCGCUAUAAGUUUUUCAUUUCUUUUUCUUUAAGCUUUUAAUCCUCUUACCAGAUAUCAACAAUAGACAGGAAAGACUUGUAUAUGUUUCUUACUACUAUGACUUGUUCAAUCUUUGAAUGGAAACAUGCACAAUGCUAUAAUGUAUUACUUAUGUUCUGCUAUAUCUUACCCCUCUAUAAAUAUCAGGAUCUUUGUUAUCCCAAUUAUAUGAAAUGUGAUGGGGUUAUCUAAUCUGUUCCUUUAUCUUUUACUCUUCGAUACUAUUCUUCUUCUCUUAGUUUCUGCUAAAAAUGAAACAAGUAGAACACCAUCGAAGCAUCCUACUGUUAUUAAUGUUGGUUUAAUUCUUGAUUUUAAUUCAUCCGAUGGUUUUGUGGCCGAUUCUUGCAUAUCUAUCGCACUCUCUGAUUUCUACACCGAAAAUCUGCAUUACGCUACAAGAUUGGCUUUAGUCCCUAAGAAUUCCAAUGAUGUUCUAUCUGCAGCUUCAGCAGCUUUGGAGUUGGUUAACGCGGACCAAGUGGAAGCAAUUAUUGGACCACAAUACUACAGUCAAGCUAAAUUUGUUGCAGAAAUUGGAGGGAAGUCUCAGGUGCCGAUCAUCUCAUUUUCUGUGACAAGCUCGUCGUUUCGGCUUACACGGACUCCAUAUUUUAUUCAAACCACACUUCCGGAUUCCUCUCAGUUAAAAUGUGUCACUUCCCUUGUCCAGCAAUUUGGAUGGAGCGAGAUUGUAGUGCUUUAUCAAAAUGAUGCAGAAGGAGAGCCUGGCAACAAUUUUAUUCCGUCUCUGACCGACGCCUUUCAGCAAGCAAGUAUUCAGCUUUCAUAUGUGAUUUCAGUGUCAUCUUCUGAUAGCGUAUCUAAUAUAAAGAAAGAGCUAAAACAAUUAAGGGGUAUACAAACUCGGGUAUUCCUUGUUCAUGUGACUUCUCCUGACCUUGCUUCUCGCAUCUUUUCUCUUGCGAAUGAGGUGGGAAUGAUGAGCAAAGGAACUGCAUGGAUCAUCACUGAUGCUUUAUCCAAUUCACUAAGCUCCUUGAAUGCUCCAACUAUUGAAUUAAUGGAAGGCGUUAUAGGCGUAAGGCCUUAUGUACCUAAGUCUGAAAAUUUGGAGAAUUUCAGAAUCAGGUGGAAUAAAUUUUUGUUACUCCAGCAACAGCCUGCUCUCACUGAAAAUAUAAGCGAUGUUAAUUUAUUUUGUCUGCGGGCAUACGACACAGUUUGGGCAUUAGCCACAGCAGUAGAGAAGAUCCAGUUCCCUGGAAUAAACAGGAGCCAAGAAAAAUCAAAUGCAUCGAGAGAUCCCAUCACAAAUAUGACAAUCUCAGAGGCAGGCCCAGGACUUGUCAAAGAAAUCUUGAAAACCAGAUUCCUUGGAUUAAGUGGUGAAUUUAAGAUGAGACACGGACAAUUAGAAACUCCAGUUCUAGAGAUAAUCAAUAUAGUUGGGAACGGUGGAAACGGUGAUAGAACUGUUGGCUACUGGACACCAGAAAGAGGUUUUAGUCGGAAAAUAGCAAGUGCAGACGAGGGUGAUCAUGGUGUAGUUUAUUCGAACCAGGUUGAUGGCGUUCUUAAACCAAUCAUCUGGCCUGGAGAGUCUACAAAGAAGCCGAAAGGAUGGGAUGUACCAGGGAUGGGCCUAAAGCUAAGGGUAGGGGUUCCAAAAAAAACAGGUUUUACAGAAUUUGUGGAUGUGCAAGAUAUUGGUAACACCAAGACAUACAAUGUCACUGGAUUCAGCAUAGACGUCUUUAUAGCCGCUUUAGAUUCGUUACCAUUCAAGAUUGUUCCUGAAUUUAUUCCUUUCGUGAAUGACAGUGGUGGCAGCAACGGAACAUACAAUGAUCUAGUCGACAAGCUAAGUGUCACUAAGAAUCCGGAGUAUGAGGCACUGGUCGGAGAUAUAACGAUAAGGGCUGAGCGAGAAGGGACAGCUGAUUUUUCACUUCCAUACUCGGAAUCUGGUGUAGUAAAAGUGGUAAGAGCUGAACCCGACAGGCUGAAAAACAUGUGGAUUUUCUUAAAGCCAUUAAGUUGGGAUCUCUGGCUCACAGUUGUUCUAUCUGCUAUCUCUAUUGGACUUGUGCUCCACGUGUUGGAGCGCCGCUUGAAUCCUCAACGCCAACUUGGCAUGCUCGUUUUGUUUCCCUUGGCGGCUCUAGCAUUUCCUGAAAGGAACAUUGUGGGAAACAGUUGGGCAAGGUUUGUGCUAGUAGUAUGGUUGUUCAUGGCAUACAUACUAAUGCAAAGUUACACAGCAAAUCUGUCCUCAAUAUUAACGGUGGGUCAGCUAAGACCUUCCACAGAUACUCCUUCUUGCGCAGGUUAUCAAGAAGGUUCGUUUGUGAAAGAGAUACUCACAAAUUGGCUGAAACUGAGCCCCGCUAAUUGCUACAGUUAUUCAAGCAUGGAGGCUUAUGAUAGGGCCCUUUCUCUUGGUUGCAAGCAUGGAGGGGUCGACGCUAUUUACGACGAGAUUCCCUACAUCAAACUAUUCCUUCACAAAUAUGGUUCCAAGUAUAAGAUGGCCGGAGCUACUUAUAGUACUGGUGGAUUUGGCUUUGCAUUUCCGACUGGGUCUCCUCUAUCUAAGCCCAUUUCAGAGGCAAUACUAAACGUAAUGGAAAAAGGAACAAUUCAAGAUAUCGAGAAGAAUUAUUUUGGGCCGGGAUACACCUCUCAGUACGCAGGAGAAGAUUUAUCACGAGACAGUCCGAGUUUGACUACAUACAGUUUUGCAGGCCUUUUCACUAUCACCGCAUUUCUUACUCUGCUUGCACUAAUUUGUUCUGAAUGUUCAUUCGCUAUAUCAAGUUAUCGCAGCCGAAACUCUAUUAAUCCGGCUGAGGAUGUUCCCCCUAAAAAUGAACAAGAUUCUGAGGGCGUCGAUGAAAUUUUAGAACAAGAAGAGAGCCACGAACAAGAAGUGGAACUCACAAAUGCUAAUAAUGAUCAUGGUGGUGGAUGACCAAGUUAUAGAUUAGCACUACUCUUGUAGAGAUUUGUGGAUACUAUAGCAUAACUCAUCAUAUUUAAGCUAAACGUCUUUCCUGUACUGAAUAUAUGUGUUAUGACAACCUGGAGUUUUAUCUGGAAAAAAAAAUGUAUAGGCUAAGGAAAGAAAUCUUUAUGGGGCUAAAUUGCUAAAACUUAUUGACUUCAUGGCUGAAAUAUCGACUCUACGAGACAUAUAUCAAUCUGCAUCAAGUCAUCGUGGUACUUUCAGGAAACAAAGUGGCAUAGGAUUCAACACAAAAAAAAAAAUGACCUAGGAUUUCUUGAUUGCCUCUGCAACUGGCUAAGUUGAUGCUGAAACUUGAUAAUGAGUUCUUGUUGUGUAGAGAUGAUAAUGAAUAGUGAUAAUGACUACUUGUUGUUUUGCAGAGAUGGUAGAUGAUCUUGU